AUGAAGCUGAUCUUUUUUCUGACUGUCAUCUGGGCUCUCUACAGCAAAGCGCCACCUACACCGCUACUCAACGCCCUUCAGUGUGUUGUUUGUGACCCCACCACAUCUCAGUGCACCACUUCCAUGCCAUGUUCAGGAGAUGAGAGCAACUGUAACAACAACCACAACUGCAGCACCAACAACUACAACAGUGGCACCAACCACCACAACUGCAGCGCCAACAACUACAACAGUGGCACCAACAACUACAACAAUGGCACCAACCACCACAACCGCAGCACCAACAACUACAACAGUGGCACCAACUACCACAACUGUUGCUACAACCACCACAACAAUGGCACCAACUACCACAACUGCAGCACCAACCACUACAACAGUACCACCAACCACCACAACUACAGCACCAACAACUACAACAGUGGCACCAACUACAACAACUGUUGCACCAACUACCACAACUGCAGCGCCAACCACUACAACAGUGGCUCCAACCACCACAUCUACAGCACCAACAACUACAACAGUGGCACCAACUACCACAACUGUUGCACCAACCACCACAACAGCAGCACCAACAACAGCACCAACUACCACAACUGCAGCACCAACCACCACAACUGCAGCACCAACAACUACAAUACUGGCUCCAACUACCACAACCAUUGCACCAACAAGUACAACCGUGGCACCAACCUCCACAACUGCUGUACCUACAACUACAACAGUGGCACCAACUACCACAACUGUUGCAACAACCACCACAACAAUGGCAACAACUACCACAACUGCAGCACCAACCACUAUAACAGUGGCACCAACCACCACAACUACAGCACCAACAACUACAACAGUGGCACCAACUACCACAACUGUUGCACCAACUACCACAACUGCAGCACCAACCACUACAACAGUGGCUCCAACCACCACAUCUACAGCACCAACAUCUACAACAGUGGCACCAACUACCACAACUGUUGCACCAAUUACCACAACAGCAGCACCAACAACAACAGCACCAACUACCACAACAAUUGCAUCAACAACCACAGCAGUGCCACAAACUACCAUAACUCCUGUACAAACAACUACAACAGUGGCACACACUACCACAACUGUUGCACCAACCACCACAACAGCAGCACCAACAACAACACCAACUACCACAACUGCAGCACCAACCACCACAACAGCAGCACCAACAAGUACAACAGUGGUACCAACCACCACAACUGCUGCACCAACAACUACAACAGUGGCACCAACUACCAUAACUGUUGCACCAAUUACCACAACAGCAGUACCAACAACUACAACAACAGCACCAACUACCACAACAAUUGCAUCAACAACCACAGCAGUGCCACAAACUACCAUAACUCCUGUACAAACAACUACAACAGUGGCACACACUACCACAACUGUUGCAGCAACUACCACAACCAUGGCACCAGCCACCACCGCCAAAACAGUAGCACCAGCAACUACCACAACUGUGACACCAGCAACCACCACAAAAGUGGCACCAGCAACCACCACAACAGUGGCGCCAGCAACCACCACAACAGUGGCACCAGUAAUAACCACAACCAAAUCACCUACAUCAUCCACAGCAUCCCAGUCAGCCACCACUGCAUCAACCACAAGUAGUGCUUCUAGCGCGGCCAUGGGCACCCUUCAUCUAUUACUUUUAUUGACUGUUGUCAUUCUGUAAAUAUCUUUUAAAAAAUUAAAAGCAUCACAUCAAUGGUAAAUUAAGAAAUGGUUAGUCUCAAAAGUCAUGGAAGUCUAUUUUAGUUUCUUAUGCUUUCCUUUGAUUGAUUUUAUUUAUUGGUUUCUUAUUUUUGGUUUUUAUUUAAUUAUAUUUAUUACUUUUUACGCUCGUAUUUUUUUUCUUAUUCAAACUGUGUACUGCAGCUGUGUCUUAUCAAAAUGUAUUUUAUUCAUGUUGUAAGUUUUACAACACAAUUUCGAUUAUAUAAACAUCGUAGUGUUUUGGAGAUUCAUAUCUACACAAUUUCCUCAAGAUGUUGGAGACUGUGAAAUAAACCUCUUUAUUAA